AUGGCGGGCGAAGUUCGUCAACCAAUCGAUCUCAAAUCGUUGGAACGCUGGGUAGACCAGAAUGUCCCAGAGAUCAAAACCCCGCUCGGGCUGAAGCAGUUCGGAUUCGGUCAAUCGAACCCUACGUACCAGAUCACCGAUGCUACUGGCCAGCGCUUUGUUAUGCGCAAGAAGCCACCGGGGCAGCUGCUGUCGAAGACCGCCCACCAGGUGGACCGCGAGUUCAAGAUAAUAGCUGCGCUAGGACAAACGGACGUGCCUGUACCGAAGGCAUACUGUCUUUGCGAAGAUGAUAGCGUUAUUGGGACAGCAUUUUACAUUAUGGAGUUCCUAGACGGUCGAUUUGUAACUGAACCGCAUUUCCCCGGAUUUUCACCCGAGGAUAGAAAAGCAGCUUGGAAGUCUGCAGUCGACACACUAGCCAAGUUCCAUCGUGUGAAUUACGAUGAGGUUGGCCUUUCAGAUUUCGGCCGGCAUUAUGGCUUCUACGAUCGCCAAAUCAAGACGUUCACCACCAUCUCCGCCAACCAGGCGAAGGCAGAGGACGUCGACACGAAAGAGCCCGUGGGCGAUAUCCCUCACUUUCGUGACAUGUUAGAGUUCUUCAAGAACAAGCAGAAGCAGCCGAAGGAUCGAUCUACCCUGAUACAUGGUGAUUACAAAAUCGACAACCUAGUCUUCCACAAAACCGAGCCUCGAGUAAUUGGAAUCCUGGACUGGGAAAUGGCAACAAUCGGUCACCCACUUUCGGAUCUAGUCAAUCUGUCUGGACCAUGGACUUGGACCAACAACAAGUUCACUCAACAGCCUACACUUGGCUCGUACAAGGCGCGCAGUGAGUUCGACGAAGGAGCAAUUGAGGGUUUGCCUACGUUACAAGAGGUAGUGCAAUGGUAUAUCGACGCAAGUGGGUAUGAGGCAGCCCCAGAACUGAAGUGGGGAAACGCAUUUGGCGCCUUCAGAAAUUCGGUUAUCAUGCAAGGCAUUGCAGCUCGUUAUGCGAGACGACAAGCCAGCGGUACAACGGCAAAGAACUAUGGCGCGCAGAUGAAGCCCUAUGGUGAAUGGGCAUGGAGUCAGGUGGAGGCGCUGAUGCAGACUGAGGAUGGCAAGACCAAAGCGAAGUUAUAG